GCGGGCGGGCGGGCGCCGCGCGAGGGCCGCCGAACGCAGCCCCGAGGUCGGCCGGGCCAUGGCGCGGGAGAGGCCGCCCGGGAGGGGCUGCAGCCCGCUGAGCCGCUGUCUGCUGGGCGCCGCGCUGCUGCUGGGCCUGCGGCUCUGCGCGGAGCUGCGGCGCGCCGGCCCCCCGCCCCCGGCCCGCAGCGCCCCGCCCCGGCCGCCCGCGCCGCACCUGCCGCCCGCGCCCGGCCCCCCGCGCGGCGCCAGCAGGAGGCAGGUGACCUACGUGCGCAGUGGGCGCCGGGCCCCGCGCGGGGGCGGCGGGAGCGGGACGCUGGAGACGGGCUGCUGCGCCCCGCGCGGGCGUCCCCGCCGGAAGGGUUCCCGGUGGCACAUAGACCUGCAGCCUUGGGCAGGCCCUGCUCAGUCCCUGGAUGAAGAAGCCUCGAGGUUCCUGAGAUAUAUCAGCACCACCCAGAUUGCAUGUGAUCACGUGAGCGCAGACAGCCUGGCUACAGACUCCAGCUCUGCUACGAAGCCCUGGUCGGUUUGUCUUGAUGACAGGUUUGGCUUAGCUCAUCAAAUCCGCAGCAAGCAGUGCCGUCUCUACUCUUUAGGGCUGGGAAGUGAUGAUACCCAGUUUGAGGUUAGCAUGGCCAACAACGGAUGUGAAGUGCAUCGUUUUGAUCCCAGUGUUAAGUCGGCUCAUAUUCUGGAGAAUCAGCGCCUCUGGUAUCACCGCUUGUCCAUUGACUGGCGGGACCCCCAUCCAGCUGUUGCUGCCCAAAAGCCGCAUAGCAACACCAGAAAAUUGGGGACCAUUUUGAAUGAAUUUGGGCAUCACAAGAUUGAUGUUCUCAAAGCAGAUCUGGAGAGCGCAGAAUGGAAAGUUUUGGAAAAUCUUAUUCUGGAAGAUGUCCUUGAACAGAUUGGGCAGCUCGUCUUUGAGAUCCAUCUCCACUGGCCCGGGUUCGAGGUCAGCGGCAGCGACAGCAGUGUCGUGCGGUUCUGGUACAGCCUCCUCAAAGAGUUAGAACUAAACGACUUUAGGCUUUUUCACAGUUACAAGGAUUUAUCUAAACCUCAGCUAUUCCUGAAGAAAGACAUUUUCAACGCAAGUAGCUGCUACACUCUUGGUUGGGUAAAUACCAGGUGGAAGUAG